UUUUUAACCUGAAAAUCUCGGGUCGCCUUCUCUCUCUCUAUCUCUCUCUAUCUCUCUCUCUCUGCUUCUCCAGAAUAUUUUGAGGUUGCCCCUCCCUUAGGCUUAAACAGUUAAACCCUACAAUACACACAGAGACACUGUCUCGAUUCUUACCCGCCAAAUUCCUUGUCUUUGAAUGUACCAUGUAUGAUUCCUUUCAGUUCUCCACUCUUUUCUUCAAUUGAGUAUCCCAUGAUUUCAGAAUCUCCUCAAAUUUUCCUACUGUAACGGACACAGCAACUGACUCAGAAUCUUCUGUUGUUAUUGAAAUGGAAGACGACGAUCUUGUGAAGUCUGAGAACCGUGAUAUCUCAUUCAGACAGGAUCAUUUUACCGGGAUUCGACACAACUACGAACUCUACUCUAGUCAUGACUACAAUUCCGCUUUCGAACAACUUCUCGAUAUUAACCUCCAGAUUGGUGUUUCUUGUGAGGACAACCAGGUUUGGGACAGUUUUCAAGAACACAAAGACUCUAGGAUUCCUAACAAUGAUGAUGAGACCAAAGAAGCGGCAGGUGGUUUAGAUGGAAACCAAAAUGAUGGUUAUCUCUCUUUUCCUGAUAAUGAUGACUCUGGAACUACUGAGAUUGAUAAAUCUGUUGUUAUUGGAACCAACCAUAAGCAAGAAUCUCAAGAUAACUUAGAGUUUGGGAUGCAGUUUUCUCGGGAACCGCAAAAGGCUUCUCCUCCUUCACCUCAACGCUGGUCUAUGAUCGAUGCUGGUGGCACUAAUGAGCAUGAAAUGGUCGUUGGUAUGGAAUUUUCAGACGCCAAUGCUUGUAGGAGAGCUAUAAAGAAUGCAGCCAUUGCUCUACGCUUUGAGUUGCAAACGGUUAAAUCUGACAAGACCCGCUUCACCGCCAAGUGCAUAGGCGAGGGUUGCCCUUGGAGAAUUCACUGCGCCAAGCUUCCUGGUGCGCCAACUUUUACAGUGAGGACUAUUCAUGGGAGUCACACUUGUGGUGGGGUUUCACAUCUUGGUCAUCAGCAAGCUUCUGUCCAGUGGGUUGCUGAUGUUGUGGCGGAGAAGCUGAAACAAAAUCCACAUUUCAAACCAAAGGAGAUACUUGAGGAAAUUUAUCGAGUUCAUGGGAUCUCACUGUCUUACAAGCAGGCCUGGAGAGGGAAAGAGCGUAUAAUGGCUUCUCUUCGUGGUUCAUUUGAAGAAGAGUAUCGCCUUCUUCCUCAAUACUGUGAUGAAAUCAGAAGAACAAACCCUGGAAGCAUCGCUGUGGUUCAUGCAAAUCCAAUCGAUGGGACGUUUCAACACUUGUUUAUUUCUUUCCAAGCAUCAGUCACUGGUUUUUUAAAUGCUUGUCGGCCUCUUAUUGCACUGGACAAGACUUCUCUACAGAGUAAAUAUCCAGGGACAUUGCUGCUUGCUGCUGGUUUUGAUGGUGAUGGAGCUGUGUUUCCUUUGGCAUUCGCUAUUGUUAAUGAAGAAAGUGACAGUAACUGGCAUAGGUUUCUCUCUGAGCUUCGUAAGAUUGUUGAAGUUAACUCUGAGAAUAUGCCAAAGCUUACCAUAUUGUCAAGUAUGGAGAGAUUUAUUACUGAUGGGGUAGAGGCUAAUUUCCCAACAGCUUCUCAUGGCAUUUGUGUCCAUCAUCUCGCAGAACGGUUCCAAAAGGAAUUUCAAAGCUCUAUUCUUGUGAACCUUCUUUGGGAAGCUGCACAUUCUCUCACCGUCCUUGAGUUCAAAUCAAAAAUGAAUAAGAUUGAACAGAUAUCUCCGGAGGCUUCCUUAUGGAUCCAAAACUUCUCUCCUGCUCUAUGGGCAUCAUCAUACUCUGACGGAACAAGGUUUGGACAGUUAACUGCAAAUGUUAUUACCGAGUCACUCAGCAAUUGGAUUCAAGAUACCUCUGGUCUUCCUAUAAUACAGAUGAUGGAGUGUAUCCACCGCCAUUUGAUGAAUAUGUUCCAAGAACGCCGUGAAACGAGCGCACAUUGGUCUGAUGUACUUGUUCCUUCUGCUGAAAGACAAAUGGUUGCUGCUGUAGAAAAAUCUCGUUUUCACCGCGUUUACAGAGCAAACGAAGCGGAAUUUGAAGUCAUGACUCAUGAAGGAAGUGUUGUUGUAAAUAUCGAAAACCGUUCUUGCUUGUGCCGCCGGUGGGAGAUUUAUGGUUUUCCGUGUAGCCAUGCCAUUGGAGCUCUCUUGUCUUGCAAAGAGAACGUUUACAGUUACACAGAGAGUUGUUUCAGGGUGGAGAAUUACAGAAGAAGUUAUGCAGAAACUGUAGAGCCAGUUUCAGACGAAAUCCAGUGGAAAGGAAAUGAUUCAGAGAGAGACAGUGAAGAUAUAAUAAGAACACCAAAGGUUAUGAAAGGUGCUCCGAGGAAGAGGAGAGUUAGGCCAGAGGAUCGUGGCCGUGUGAAGCGCGCGGUUCAUUGCGGUCGGUGUAAUCAGCCGGGCCAUUUCAGGACAACUUGCACUGCUCCUAUGUAAUGUAACAGUAGUUACUAUUUCAGGAUUUUUAUUUAGGUUUUAGGAAAUUUUUUGGUAGAGGAUUUGCUCUCAACAUAUUAUAAAUUAGAUUUUAUGGCUUUAGGUUAAUGUAGCAUGCUUUUACAUCUUUUGCCACAUGAACAUGAUGAUCCUUUUUUUGGAUGCACUAUGAUGGAUAAUAUUAUUAACAUGAUGCCCC